CCUUUUCCCGAACCGACCUGCUUUCCUUCGGCCGCUCGAGACCGCCGUGCCUAAGCACAAAAUUCCCCCUCUCUCUCUCUCUCUCUCUCUCUCUCUCUCUCCCCGUCUCUCGCGACACUGGAAGACGAAAAAAAGAAAAGCGAUGACCACGGAAGAGGAUUCGAUCGAUCAAGCGAGCAGCGCCCGCCGCGAGAGGCUCGAGGCUCUUAGAGCGGCCAAAGAGUAUCUGAGCACGCCGGACGACGGGCCCGAUCAGGAUGAGAGCAAAGGAGAAGGUCCGGUCGAUGGUCAUGGAGACAAGAAAGCCGUGGCUGUUGAAGAAGACUUAAUAGAGCAAGCUGCUGCUGCACGCCGUGAGAGGCUUAAGGCUCUUAGGACAGCAAAAGAGCUUUUAGACAUGCCUGAUGAAGGUUCAGUGCACAGCCACAGCAAUGCAGAAGACUCUGAGGAAAAUGAAGAAGACAAAAUGCCGAAUAUGAAGUUCAGGAACUACCUUCCUCAUGACAAACAGCUUCAAGAAGGUAAGUUGACACCAGCUGUCUUACCCAAGUUUGAAGACCCAGCCGCUGCUGUGCCCCCACCACCUGAGAAAAUUGAGGAUCCUUUCGUAAAUAUUGCUCCAAAGAAGCCUAACUGGGAUCUCCGUAGAGAUGUGCAGAAGAAGCUCGACAAACUUGAAAGGCGCACACAGAAAGCAAUAUACCAGCUCAUGCAAGAACAAGAAAAAGAGAAAGAGGCCCUGGAGGCAGAAAAUGGUGAGGCUGAAGACUAAUGCUGGGGCUUGGAAUUGAUUAGUGACUCAAGUAAUUGGCUGUAGAAUUCUGAAGUUUCAGAGGGAAAGGGGUGGGUGAAAAGGGGCAUUUGCACUGAGUGAUAUGAACCAUAGUAUCUCAUUGAAACUUCUGUACUGGACAAAAACAUCGAUAGCAACAACGAGGCGUUAAUUAGUAUGAGAUGCAGAUUCAGUGUAGUGCCUUACAUAACAGAUGAAAGGAGAACACAAUGUUUUUUGCACCACGUGGCUGAAACUUCCUGGUGUCCUUGGACUCAACUGUAUGGCCAACAUGGCAUAGAAUAAUAGCUUCAUUUAUGAA